AUGCCGUCACUACGAGCCGACAUCAAAGCCCUGCGGUGCCAAGUCGAUGGUGAUUCCAAAUACUUUGUCCCACAUCAAGAUCUAUUCCAACUACUCACUCUGGACGCAAUACGUUCUUCGCUCAGCGUGGCGAAAUCGAUUUCACCAGAGCGCCUACAGGGUCUUUCUCAGAAGAUUUUUGUUAGCGCAAGGAGAGUCUAUGCGAUCCUUGUCCUGGGAGGGAACGAGCAAGAAAUUAUUCGGUUCAUAGAGAAUGAUAACCUACAAAACUCUCCAAUCGACCAUCGUCUUCCCAUAUCAAGAGAAGAUCUCGAGACCCUUGUUCCAAAGAUUUCCGGCGAAUUUUACGAGAAGCAAUGGGAGUUUUGUGCACCUAUCUUCAUCAAAGAGACAGAACAUCGCAUCCUUGAUAUGUUCACUGUGCUUCCUUUCGUUAAGCAGGAGUUCAUUGCAUCUGGAGGUUUCGGAAUUGUCUAUCGUCUCCAACUACAUCCAUCCCAUCAGGACGCUGCUUGGAUGGGCUUCGAAUCGCGAUUUCCCGAGAAAGUAGGCUCAGAUCAGAGCCAUGAGCAGGAGCUACGGAACUUUACCUUACUCAGCCACCUGAAGCAUCCACAUAUACAACAGCUCCUGGCAUCUUUUACACAUCAAAAAGAGCACAACUUCAUCUUUCCUCUGGCUUCAACUGGGGACAUGGAAGCCCUCUUCUUGAAAGAAAUACGACCUGCAGAGUUACAGAGCGAUCUUGCCAUCUAUAUGGCCCUUGCAAACCUUUGCUCGGGGCUUGAAGCAUUGCAUGAUUUCUCAGCAUCGGAGAAACUCGAUAUCAAUAUCAUGGGCCUCCAUCGGGAUGUAAAACCCAGCAACAUCCUCGUCAAUGCCGGGGAUUUUCUUCUUACAGAUUUUGGACUUUCGACAUUCAAGUCCGUGACCGAUACAUCGAAGACUCCCUUCCGCGUAGGCGGAGGAGACUUCCUUCCCCCGGAGUGCGAAGACCUUCAAACCUUUCAGAAGGGAUUAGUGGGACGGUCAGGUGAUAUCUGGUCCCUGGGUUGUGUCAUCCUGGAGCUCCUUGUGUACAUGCGUGAUGGCCCUUCCGGUGUUCAAAGGUUUCGUCAAGAACGCGUUGUGCAGGCGACCUUCAUGACAAGAACAUUCCAUGGCCCUGGGAAAGAAGUUAACCCCAAUGUUCUAGCCUUGAUGGCCAAUAUUGAAGAGAGUUGUACGCUGUCCAUACGUCAUCUACUCCAUGUCAUACGGGACAUGCUUCGCAUUACACCAUCAGUGCGUCUAAAUGCCAAAGCAUUGACGAGAAAGAUGCGGUUCAUAGCUAUCCAGGAGUUCCUAAUAUCUGUCGACCUCGCAUUUCCGGACCCUCUUCGUAUAUCGCCAGUUCAGGCUGCACUCGAAUUAGAGAAGCUGGGAAGCUGGAAACACACCCUGGGUUUCGUGGACUCAGCACAACAGCCAGCUACAACAUGUCAAGAAUUUCAUCUGGACUACUCUCGGACGAUUGAAUUACUUCAACAGUAUCGCAGUGAAGGUCAGCGCAUGUUGGAACUAUAUCAAGUUUGCGGACGAACAACCUUCAUGCAGCUUCGCAAGCUUAGUGACGCUUUAUUCGAACUGUUGCCGGGAAGUAAUAGAGACGAGGCAAUCACCCAUCUGGAUUUGAGGACCCUCCAGAACGAAGCAUUGGUAUCUUCAGCGAUGACGGGAAACCUUUCGAACGAGUUGAGCCCUAUGAGCCAACUAGGUACCUUGGCAUAUGCAAUAAAGUUUUCGAAAGAGAUCAACAUGGAAUACGAAACCUUGACGCUUGAGCAAGACGACAGCCUUGAGGGACUCAAAUUGGACCCUCAGGAUGUCAAGAUCGAAAAAGGUACAGGAGAACAUACCUUAGGACUUCUAUCCCAUGGCGGAGGUGAAGACACUCGCAAUGUCCUCAUCGAAUGGAUUCGCUAUGAUCUAGAAUGGGAGGGAGAUGUUCGCACAGAGAUGAUCCGGCGCGUGGCAAAGAUUGCGAACAGUUUGCACCAAAUGAGCAAGCAUACCGGGAGCUUCCGAACACUCAAUUGUUCCCACUACUUCCAUUCUACUGAUGAACAUGCAUUCGGCCUCGUGUUUGACCUUCCCAUUAUUGAAGAUGUAUCUAUUACAUCGCUGCAUUCACUCAUCAAAAGCACCCGAAAGUGCUACCAACGAAUCUCCCUUGAGGACCGGCUCGCACUCGCCUACUCACUCGCUUCUACAGUCCUAGCAUUUCACAAGGCCACCUUAGUUCACAAGAGCAUUUCCUCUAACAACAUCGUCUUCCUCAAAUCAACCGAAUUCUCAUUGCGCAACCCGUAUCUUGUCGGUUUCAACUACGCGCGUCCUAACCAGCCCAAAGCUUUCACGACCGGUCCUCCUCCCAACCGGAAUGCGCAGCAUUACUACCAUCCGGAUUACGACUCACAGAAUGCAAGAAGCGGGCAAUCCUUUCGGAUUACAUUUGACUAUUAUAGCUUAGGCCUCGUGUUGAUCGAAAUUGGCCUCUGGGACGUUGUUGCCAAUUUCAAUACAAAGUCGCAACGUGAUUUACAGAAGAAAGUAUUGGAGUCAAGACUACCGAUACUUACGCACACUAUGGGAUCAGCCUAUCACGAUGCAGUAGAGGCAUGUUUACUGGGGACUUUCGCGGCGGAUAGCAGUGAAGGCGCUCCCGCAACAGUACUAGAUUUUCAAAGAUUUGUGGUCAAGGCCCUACAGACUGUGCAGCUUCCUUGCUGGAAUACCUCUUGA